CCACACCAGCAGAAACACCUAACGGUUGUGCACGUUUGAUUUAAAGUGCAAAUAUUUCAUUACGCAAAUGUAAUUUGCUGAAUUGGCAACUGAAGUAAAAUUAAACAAGCAGCUUACAGCUUGUAAAAGUGGUCUGUGCGUUUGAUUAGUGACUUUGUGACAAUCUCCUAUUUUUCUUCACCGAUUCCUUCAGAGGUAGAGUCAAGGUUAAUAAUAGCGAUUUCCUGCUGAAAAGUUGUGAAUGUGAUACUUAGUCGUGUCGGACCAGUUCGCAUGUGAGCAGUGGUUCGAGAAGACUGCAGCCAGUGUCUUGGAUUUGUGGAUACGAAGGAGCCGUCGACAUGGCGGCCAAAGAAGCCGUUUAUGUUCAAGACGCCUGCAAAUCGUACGGAAAAAAGGAAGUUUUGAAAAACCUCCGAAUGAAAGUGCCUCGAGGAUGCAUUUACGGUCUCCUUGGUCCAAGCGGUUGUGGCAAGACAACCCUCCUAAGCUGCAUCGUAGGCCGCCGCAACUUGAACUCCGGCGACAUCUGGGUCCUGGGGGGCAAGCCCGGCACCGUGGACAGCGGGGUUCCGGGCCCAAAAGUGGGCUACAUGCCCCAGGAUAUCGCCCUCGUGGGCGAAUUCACCGUCAAGGAUGCGAUUUUUUACUUUGGCCGCAUCUUCGACAUGCCUGAAAAAAUGCUCGAAGAGAGAUUUAACGAACUUUCCAGCUUGCUGGAUUUGCCGCCUGAUGAUCGAUUCAUAAGGAACUGCAGUGGAGGUCAGCAACGGCGCGUCUCCUUCGCUGCCUCCAUGGUGCACUUGCCGGAGUUGCUCAUUCUGGAUGAGCCCACGGUGGGCGUGGACCCCAUCUUGCGCGAAAGGAUAUGGAAUUAUCUCGUGGAAAUCACGAGCAAGUCAAACAUGGCUGUGAUUAUUACCACGCAUUAUAUCGAAGAAGCGCGGCAAGCGAAUUUGAUCGGUUUAAUGCGCGGUGGGCGCCUCCUGGCCGAGGAAUCCCCGGCCACUCUCCUCACCAUGUUUCAAACCGAGGUCCUCGAGGAUGUUUUCUUCAUCCUGAGCCAGAAGCAGUCCGAGGGACGCCUCGACGACACCAUGGCUGUGGCCCGCAGUAACUUACAAAUCCAGAACUCAAACACUGACAUCAGCGUUGCGUCGUUUGACACGACUCGGGGAUCCACCGAUAUCCUCACGAAAGAGAAACAAACCAAAACCAAAAACAAGAGCGGCUACGAACUGAACGGCAAACGGAUGAAGAGCCUCCUCGACAAAAACUGGAAGCAAUUCUACCGAAAUGUCAGUGGAAUGAUUUUCAUUCUGAUGUUUCCCAUCGCACAGAACGUGGCUUUUCUCCUCGCCGUCGGGCCCGACCCCAAGGGCAUCAAUCUGGCUGUCGUAAACGAGGAAAGCUUUGCCACGUUGUGUCCGAAUUUCAACUUCUCGCAAUCGGCGGUGCCUUACGAUGACUACAAUUGCCAUUUUCAUAACAUGAGUUGCCGGUUUUUGAGCUACAUAGACACCCCGAUGAUAACCAAAGUGAGAUAUGACGCGUUACCGGACGCUUUGGAAGCGGUAAAGCAUGGAGAAGUCGUCGGGGUGAUGUACAUGGCGGAGAAUUUCACCGAAUCGUUCGAAGCCAGAGUCGAAGAAGGGAGAGAUAUCGAAGCUGAGGUUCUAAGUUUCAGUGAAAUUAAAGUGUGGCUCGACAUGUCAAACCGGCAAAUUGGGGCAACUGUUAAGUACAAACUUUUGUCGAUAUUUAAGGAUUUUCAAAAGGAUUUGCUCAGAGAUUGUAACUACGAGCCUCAAAUGGCCGACUUCAUGAACAUGACUACGUUUUACGGCAAGGAUGGAGACACAUUUACUGAGUAUAUGACACCGGGGCUAGUCCUAACAAUUAUGUUUUUCCUAAUGACUCUAAUGACGUCGCAAAUCAUCGUAACAGACCGCAGUGAGGGCCUUUGGGACCGCUCCAUAAUCGCAGGAGUGUCGUCUCUCGAAAUCAGUUUAACACACUUUAUUUUCCAAAUCGGAAUCGUCCUCAUUUACACAGUUACCACCCUCACGAUAACGUUCGCAAUAUUUAAAAUACCAAACAGUGGCAGUAUGUGGAUCAUCACACUGAUCACCUUCUUCCAAGGAUUAACAGGAGUGGGUUUUGGUUUUUGGAUUUCAAUUAUUUCGGAAAACGUGACCAUGGCUAACGUGCUCACAACUGGAAGUUUCUACAUCAUGAUUCUACUAAGUGGCCUCAUGUGGCCCCUUGAAGGCAUGCCUAUUGUUCUCCAGUGGGUGUCGAAAUGUCUCCCGUUCACAAUCGCAAUAGAUUCGUUCCGAAAUGUAAUGAAAAAAGGGUGGUCUUUUGACUACUUCGAGGUGUGGAACGGUUUCGGGAUCGAAAUAACAUGGAUUGUUAUUUUUGCAGUGGUGAACACAAUGUUAAUCCAAAGUAAACGAUAAUUUUAAGUUGUUGUAAAUGAGAUAAAUUAAAUAAAGCUGUUUUAUUGUAAUAUAUAA